AUGUACUCCAACUCCUCUGCAUGUCGCUUUGAUCGUCGAGGCAACUACUAUCACUGCUCGAGACACGGGCUUCCCCCACCUGAAAAGCGUCGUGUAGAACAGCAGCGUGUAGCGCAGAGUCAGGAACAGGAAGCGGGCAACAGCAGCCUGCAUGCAAACUUGGACAUUGAUUCACGUCACGGGCAGCAUGACUCGGUGAUGAGUGAGCAAGCAUUUGCUGACCACCAAAGGCAUGAGGACGAACCUGAUUGCGUUUUGGAACAAGAAGAAUCUCAGAAAGUGGUCUGCUAUGCGUACAUGUGGCAGCAGGAGCUGGAUGAUGGCUCCUUUGAGGUCUCGAUUUUGACAGAGGAGCCCAAUACCGGACGGGGCGUUGUCAUUGGCCACGCCUUUAUCAAUGGCCUAUCAGCUUCAGCAGUCGCACGAUUUGUUGAGGUGCUCUGGCGCUUUAACCCUGAAGUGCCGUUGCCGGCCUUUGUGCUUACGGACAUGGACAGGAAGCUAAUCAAUGGUUGCACCGACGCCUUUGAUUUGCUCAGUAAGGAGCGCGGCAGCAAAGAAAUUGCGUGCUUUUAUUGCCAGUUUCACGUCUUUCAAGCCUGGCAUCGCCGACUGGGUCCCAAGGCACCCGAGGGCUUGUUUGCCGCACUCAAGGACAUGACCCUCGCCAACACCGAGGCUGAAUUUAAGAGUCUUUAUAACUACGCCAGUGAGAAGUACGGAGGAGUCACCACCACCUUCAAGUCAAAAUCGUGUCCCGUAGAGUAUUUCUGGUCGUACUUUAAUACCAACUAUCACAGCGAGCAAGGCGUUACGGCUCCAACCACAGCCAUUGUCUUCAAGGCUGUACCAGAGCUCGGCCCGGUUCCGCUCAUUGUCCACAGUGGGCUCGUCGAAGUCGAAGUCGAUGAGUGGUAUCAGCCUUGCGUCAAGCUAAACAUCGACAUAAUGCCACAGUCAGUUCAAAGUGUUGUGUGGCCCCUUCGGCUCGAGCACACACGGUGCAUCUACGCACGCAAAACAUCAAGGAUGAAUCGGAGAUAUGCCACGCUCGCCCCACUUGGCGAAGUCAGUGAGAGUGAAACACACAAUACAGCGGGCGAACACAGUGAGAGUGAACAAGAUGUCCUUCUCAGCGAUCCCGCUCCGCCCAUCGCUGCCAACGUGCUGGAUGCCCAGCGCAAGGUCCUGCUAAAGACAUCUGGCCACAGGCAACUCCUCGCCUGCCCAUUUGGGCUUUGCAAAUGCAAGGGGCCCCGCCUUGACCGCAAAGCCUGGGUCAAUCAUGUUCUACGCGAGCACCCCUACGACGAGCAAGCCACUGAUCUGGUCAAGCAGGUGAUGGAGGCCAAAUUGGUCGCCCAGUGCAACAAGUGUCACCUCUUCUUCGAAGCUGCUGGUAUCAGUCAACACCGCUCCCGAUGUGGUGCCAAUCUGAAGCGAGCGAGCGAGGCGUUGUUUCAUGCGGCUGGACACGACCUGCUUGAGAUUAUGCGUGGCGCUUGGCCCCAACAGUGUGUAGGGUCUCGCGUCAGCGUCUGCGAGCUGCUUAAGCUCGCCCGGCAUCCACUGAUGCAGCGCAGCCGCUACUGUUAG